CUUUCUGAAUCCUUGUUAACCCUAAUAUCAACCAAUCUUCUUCCUCUCUUCUAAUUUCUCACAGCACUCUCAUUUUUCUGAAACUCAAAAAUGACGAGAGGGUUGAAGAAACACUUGAAGAGGGUUAAUGCUCCCAAACACUGGAGGCUCAACAAACUUGGUGGUGCAUUUGCACCGAAGACCUCAUCUGGACCUGGCAACAGUAGGGAAUGCUUGCCCUUGAUUCUGAUUUUACGUGACGUGCUGAAAUACGCGCUCACAGGUGCGGAGGUUAAUUCCAUUCUGAUGCAACGACUCGCCGCUGUCGAUGGGAAAGUUCGGACGGACAAAACGUACCCUGCUGGUUUCAUGGAUGUUAUCUCCAUCCCCAAGACGGGAGAGAAUUUCCGAGUUCUCUAUGAUACCAAAGGUAUGUUCCGUCUCCACUCCAUCAGAGACGACGAGGCUAAGUUCAAGCUCUGCAAAGUGAGAUCCGUCCAAUUCGGACAAAAAGGGAUCUCGUACCUCAACACUUACGAUGGCCGUACUAUUCGCUACCCGGAUCCACUUAUCAAGGCUAAUGACACCAUCAAGCUGGACAUUGAGAGCAACAAAGUUGCAGGAUUCAUCAAAUUUGAUGUCGGGAAUGUCGUGAUGGUGACCGGAGGGCGGAACAGAGGGCGAGUCGGAGUUAUUAAGAACAGAGAGAAGCAUUCUAAGGGAAGUUUUGAAAGUGUUCAUAUCGUGGAUGAAGCUGGCCAUGAGUUUGCUACACGCAUUGCCAAUGUUUUCACUAUUGGAAAUGGUACGAAACCAUGGGUUUCUCUUCCGAAGAGCAAGGGAAUUAAGUCCUCGAUCAGUGACAAGGCUACAAAGACUCAAAUGGCUGCAUAAGGAUCAGAUGUUUUGGUGCUUUUAGUACUGUUUUUUAUAUGCACAAUUAUCAAAUAAUCAAUAUCUUCUCAAAUGGCUGCAUAUGAGAGAUAUUUUACUGCUUUAAUUAGUAUCUGCACAAUUUUAAAUUUUGUUAUUGGUUUUGUUGAAUGAUUUGUGUUUUUGGAAGAAAUUUAUGCUAAAGACUAUUCUGAAA